AUGGAUGAACGUCAAGAGCUUCGUCGUUUAAUCCACCGUUACCUCGUUGCAACCGUGCUCAUAAUUUUCACAGUCUACAUCGAAGGCGACGACGACCUGAAACCUGCAGAUCCGAAGUCGGGAAGACGCGCACUCGCUUGUGCAUCGUGGGUGUGCAAAAUGUUAGCUGAAAUGUGUUUUACGAUGGUGGCCGUCAGAAUCAUUAGAACGCCAGUGGUGAUGGAACGCAUGCGAAAAUGCAGAGAGGCUUGCGACCUUUACCUUUCUCUCGGUUCUUUCUACCUCUUCAUUUCCCUCGCUCUUUCCGCGUUCGCUGCCGAGUCCUUUUCUACGUCUCCCCUUUCUCUGUGGAACUACGUCGUUUAG